AUGUCAUUUAAAACCACUUUGAAAUCUAAUUAUGGUAAUCCUAAUCACAGUAUCGAAACGCAGACGAAAAUCAUCCAUUUUUUCAAUACAUAUAAACAGUUAUUAGAUGGAUAUACUCGUCAAAUUGUCAAUAAACUGCAUAAUAAUACAUCUAUGAAUAAUAGUAUUACUAACUGUAAUAGUAAAACUAACAACCAUAUGAAUUAUAAUUCAUUUCAAACUAUUCAAGCCAUAACAAAUUCAAAACUAAAUACUCUGUGCUCUUUUAAGUCACCAACAAUCAAUUCAUACAAUAAUUUAACAUACAAACCAUAUUCAUCAACAAGUAACCCUAUAAAUUCUACCAUUAAACCACCUUUUUUGAAUGAGUUUUGUUUAAAAACUAAUGAUACACAACACAAAUCAAGUGAUUUUAUUAAAGCUUACUCUCAAACAUUAUCAUCUUUUCCUUUAUCUAAUUGUAAUUAUUUUAAAACAAAACACUAUCCAUCAUCUAAUCUAUGUCCAAAAUUACCAAUUUCAGGAGUGAUGGAUGGAAGAGUUCUUCAAAAAAUUCAACCAUCAUCAUCAUCUACUAUGUCUUUACCGACUAAACUAUCGACAUCAGCAUUGACAACAUCGACAAACACCACAACAACGUCAUCAUCAAAUUCAUCAUCACCAUCUCUGUCUGUAGAUUCAAUGGAUAUAACAACCAAUAUUUCUAAAUAUUUAACUGUACAAAAAAUUUUAAAACGUUUAGCUAAAUUACCAAAUAAUUUAGGACCAUAUAUUUGUCGAUUGUGCAAUCAGCACUUUGAAAAUGCACUCAAAUUAGCUAAUCAUCGUUGUCCAUUAAUACUACAUACUGAUUAUCGUUGUCCUGAAUGUGAUAAGGUAUUCAGUUGUCCAGCUAAUCUAGCAAGUCAUAGACGUUGGCAUAAACCAAAAUCUGAAAUUGAUUGUGGUCAGGUACCUGUAGGAAAUCAUUCUUCCUUUCCGACGUCAACUAACCAUAAAUGUUUGGCAGAAAAAAAGUACUACAACUACAAUGCUAAAGAUUUAGCUACAAAUUCAAAAUUAUUCAAUAGAAGAGUACAUUUAAACAAAUUAUCGAAGAGUGAAUUCAACUCAAUCGUACUUCAUCAAAAACAAACAAAUCAAUAUGAUCAGUGUGUGUUCAAUUCCAAUAGUAUAAAAAAACCAACUUUUACUGUUCAAGCAAUUCUUGAAGAUUCAUGCAACAAUAAUGAUCAAAUUCAAAAUACCAUAACAAAAAACAAUAAUUUACCAUUGAACUAUGAUGAAACUAUUAUCACUAAUGAAUCAUCAAGAUUAAUUAGUUAUACUGAAUCAACUGAAGUAGAUUUAAAUUUCCAAACAAAUAAUUCAUCUAACACCAAUAAUAAUGAUGUCAACAAUUUUAUUACAACCAUAAGUUCAAAUAACAUGUAUAGUGGUAAACAAUGUUUAAUUAAUGCACAGAAUUCAUUACAAUGUAAUUAUUGUAACACCUCAUUAUCAACUCGUAGUGAAUUAGAAACUCAUAUGAUUGAACAUAUUUUCAAUAGAUUAAAAUCUAGCAGAAUGAAUUCAUUAAAUAUUAAAUAA